AUGAUAUCGGUUGUACGCGCCCAGAAAAUCUUGUUCCAAACUAAACGUUUUAAUAAUAUUUCAUGGAUAUGCCAUCGUGCUACUUCAUCAGCUCCUACUCCAACAACUACUCAAUUAGCACAUCAAGUCGGUCAUCAAGUUGCCGCUGAUGUCGUUGAUCCAGCUAAGAAAAUAAUCGCUGGUGCACCAUAUAAAUCCCUUUCAAUUGGUGUACCAAAAGAAACAUAUUUAAAUGAAAAACGUGUCGCUCUUACACCUACUGUUGUAUCAACACUUGUUAAAAAAGGAUUUACAUUACAUGUUGAAGAAAAUGCUGGUAUAGGUGCACAAUUCCCUAAUGAAGAUUAUCAAAAUGCUGGAGCAAAAAUUGUUUCACGAAAUGCUGCCUAUGCAUCGAAUAUAAUUCUUAAAGUUCGACAACCAAGUCCAGAAGAUAUAAGUGUCUUCCAAGAUAAAUCAACAUUAAUUUCAUUCAUUUAUCCGGUACAAAAUAAAGCAAUAGUUGAUCAACUUACACAAAAACAAUUAAAUGUUUUUGCUAUGGAUUGCAUUCCACGUAUAUCUCGUGCACAAGUAUUUGAUGCACUUAGCUCAAUGGCAAAUAUUGCUGGAUACAAAGCUGUUAUUGAAGCAGCAAAUAGUUUUGGUCGAUUUUUUACUGGUCAAAUAACUGCUGCUGGAAAAUCUCCACCUGCAAAAAUUUUAGUUAUUGGCGGUGGUGUAGCUGGUUUAAGUGCGAUUGGCACAGCACGAAAUAUGGGUGCAGUUGUACGAGCAUUUGAUACACGUCCAACUGUCAAAGAACAAGUACAAUCUAUGGGUGCGGAAUUUCUUGAACUUCAUUAUAAAGGAAGUGAAAGUGGUGAAGGAACUGGUGGUUAUGCUAAAGAAAUGUCACCAGAAUUUAUUGAAGCUGAAAUGGCUUUAUUUGCUAAGCAAGCUAAAGAAGUUGAUAUUAUUAUUACAACAGCUUUAAUUCCAGGCAAAAAGGCUCCAACAUUAAUUACAAAAGAAAUGAUUGAAAGUAUGAAACCCGGUUCUGUUGUUGUUGAUUUAGCUGCUGAAGCUGGCGGUAAUAUUGAAACAACACGUCCUGGAGAAAAAUAUGUUUAUAAAGAUGUUACACAUAUUGGUUAUACUGAUUUACCAUCACGUUUAGCAUCACAAUCAUCUGGUUUAUAUGCAAAUAAUAUAUCAAAAUUUCUUUUAUCGAUUGGUAGUCAAGAUCAUUUUUAUAUUGAUUUAAAUGAUGAAGUUGUACGUGGUUCACUUAUUUUACGUGAAGGUGAAUGGAUGUGGCCACCACCAAAACCAGCUGCUAUCGAAAAUCCUUUAUCAAAAGCAGCUGUAAAAGAUGUUAAAGCUGAAAAGAAAGCUGCUGCCGAAGUUUUACCACCAAAUUAUUUUACUGAACAUUUAAAAGGUUCUUUAUUAUAUACAACUGGUCUUGGUUCACUUCUUGGUUUGGGUAUUAUUUCUCCAAAUCCACUUUUUGCAAAUAUGAUUACAACAUUUGCUUUGUCGGGUGUUGUUGGUUAUCAUACAGUAUGGGGCGUACAACCAGCUUUACACAGUCCACUUAUGAGUGUUACUAAUGCUAUUAGUGGUAUUACUGCUGUUGGUGGAUUAUUAUUAAUGGGUGGCGGAUUUUAUCCACAAACAAUUCCACAAGGUUUAGCAGCUGCUGCUGCAUUCAUAUCAAGUAUUAACAUUGGUGGUGGAUUUAUUAUUACACAAAGAAUGUUAAACAUGUUCAAACGACCAACUGAUCCACCUGAACAUAAUUAUUUAUACUUAAUACCUGGUGCAAGUUCAAUUGGUUUAUAUGCUUGGGCUAGUCAACAAGGAUAUCAUGAUAUAAAUCAUUUAGCAUACUUAGCAGCAUCACUCUGUUGUGUUGGUGCUCUUGGUGGUUUAAGUAAUCAAAAAACUGCACGUCUUGGUAAUACUCUUGGUAUGAUUGGUGUUUCAUUAGGUUUGGCUGCAACACUUGGCUCAAUCCAUCUUGAUAUGCCAUUAAUAACACAAAUUGGUGCAACAAUGGGUACUGGUGGUUUACUCGGUGCACUUGUUGCUCGUCGUAUAGCUAUUACUGAUCUUCCACAAUUAGUAGCAGCUUUUCAUUCACUUGUUGGUAUGGCUGCUGUCCUUACAUGUGUUUCACAUUAUAUUGCCGAAUGUGAUCAUUUUGUUGAUGAUCCAGCAGCAUCAGUUAUUAAAACUGCAUUAUUCUUGGGUACAUAUAUUGGUGGUAUCACUUUUUCAGGUUCAUUAAUUGCAUAUGCAAAAUUACAAGGAAUGAUGAGUGGUGCACCAAUUAUGUUACCAGGUCGUCAUGCAAUAAAUUCAGGUUUAGCACUUGCUAAUGUUGGAGCAUUAGCUUAUUAUAUGAUGAGUGCUGAUCCAAUGGUUGGUAUUUCAAUGUUAGGUUUAACAUCAGCUUUAUCAAUGACAAUGGGUUUAACAUUAACUGUUGCUAUUGGAGGUGCAGAUAUGCCCGUAGUCAUUACUGUACUUAAUUCAUACUCAGGAUGGGCAUUAUGUGCUGAAGGUUUUAUGCUUAACAAUUCAUUAAUGACAAUCGUUGGUGCUCUUAUUGGUAGUAGUGGUGCUAUUUUAUCUUAUAUUAUGUGUAAAGCAAUGAAUCGUUCAUUACCUAAUGUUAUUCUUGGUGGUUAUGGUACCGACUCAACUGGUUCUGGAAAAGCAAUGCAAAUAACUGGAACACAUACAGAAGUAAAUGUUGAUCAAACAAUUGAUCUUAUUAAAGAAUCUUCAUCAAUUAUUAUUACACCAGGUUAUGGUUUAUGUGUUGCUAAAGCUCAAUAUCCAAUUGCUGAAAUGGUUGAUAUAUUACGUAAACAUGGUAAAACCGUACGUUUUGCUAUUCAUCCAGUAGCUGGUCGUAUGCCUGGUCAAUUAAAUGUUUUAUUAGCUGAAGCUGGUGUUAGUUAUGAUAUUGUCCAUGAAAUGGAAGAAGUUAAUCAUGAAUUUACAAACACUGAUCUUGUUCUUGUUAUUGGUGC